AUGUCCGGCGCCGAAGCAAGUCUUGUCCUUGGCCUCAUCUCGUCCGUCAUUACAAUUAUCCAUGCAACUCAGCAAAUCUUCGAGGCUGUCGGGGAUGCAAAGGGCCUUCCCAUAAAUUUUAUGAAGUCGGCGUCGAAGCUACCCCUCAUCUCGAAGCUCCUCGAAGACGCCGAAAAGUAUAUCAAAACCGUGGCGGAUGAUACCAUCCAGACUGCUUUCAAGCCUGCUCUAGAGCAUUGCAAACUUCGGGCAACACGCCUGCAAGAGUUAUUCACAAAGGUUAUGCCAGACGAGGAUGACUCGAGAUUAGAUCGAGAUCCAAAGACCAAAUGGUAA